UCCAAUCAUAAUCAUACAUUAACAUUCAACCCCCCCAUUGUCGCCGUCAUCACAAAUAUCCUUUCUUUCUCUCUCCUCUCUUUCUCUCUCUAAAACUAAAAGCUGACUUCCCCCCUUCAACGUUCAAAAACCCCACAUCAUCAAAAGAUUCCCCUUUUUUUUUCCCUGGAUUGAUUGAGCUCAUCUUCUACAAUCUUAACUAUAUCUGCUUCUUCCAUUUUUACCUUCAUUUUUUUCUGGGUUCUUCAUUUUAAGCUCAGAUUUUAUCUGGGUCAUCAAUUUUUAGCUGAAUUUUUUUGUGGGCAAUUGUCAAUUUUUUCUGGGUCAUCUUAGUCAAGCUCAAAUUUUUCUGGGUCAUCGAUUUUGAGCUCAAGUUUUUCUGGGUCAUCGAUUUUGAGCUCAAGUUUUUUCUGGGUCAUCGAUUUUGAGCUCAAAAUUUUCUGGUUCAUCGAUUUUGAGCUCAAGUUUUUUCUGGGUCAUCGAUAUUAAGCAGGAUUUUUCUGGGUUGUCGGCAAUUUUUUCCGGGUAAUCGAAUUCAAGCUCGAAUUUUUCUGGGUAGUCCAUAAAUUUUUCUGGGUCAUCGGAAAAAUUUCUGGGUAAUCGGAAAGUUUAAUCCUUUUUAGAUAUGUUUGGGGGGAAGAAGUGAGUAACACAGAGGAUAAUCUGAUGAGAGAGAGAGAAAAUGGGGGGAGUGACAUCAUCAAUUGCUGCUAAAUUCGCGUUUUUUCCUCCAACUCCUCCGUCGUACACGGUGGUCACCGACGAAAAUUCCGGCGAUGAAAAAUUGUUGAUGCCGGAAGUUCCGAGGAGGGAUGGUGUUGAUAUUGUGAAGCUUCGAAAUCGGAGGGGAAACGACGUCGUUGCUGUGUAUGUGAAGCAUCCUAAAGCAUCAGCUACUUUGCUGUAUUCUCAUGGCAAUGCUGCUGAUUUAGGUCAAAUGUUUGAGCUUUUUGUGGAGCUCAGCAGUCGCCUUCGUGUUAAUCUUAUGGGGUAUGAUUACUCUGGAUAUGGACAGUCAACUGGAAAGCCUAGUGAAUCUAAUACAUACGCCGACAUUGAUGCAGCAUAUAAAUGCCUCAAGGAGCAGUAUGGGGUGAAAGAUGAGCAAUUAAUAUUGUAUGGUCAGUCUGUCGGUAGUGGUCCUACGGUUGAUCUAGCUGCACGUACCCCUAACCUGAGAGGGGUGGUUCUGCAUAGCCCUAUCCUCUCUGGAGUGAGGGUGCUCUAUCCUGUCAAAAGGACAUAUUGGUUUGAUAUCUACAAGAAUGUUGACAAAAUUGCUCAGGUGAAUUGCCCUGUCUUAGUGAUCCAUGGGACAUCCGAUGAAGUUGUUGAUUCUUCCCAUGGAAAGCAGCUUUAUGAGCUCUGUAAGGAAAAGUAUGAACCUUUGUGGCUCAGUGGCGGUGGGCAUUGUAAUCUUGAGCUCUAUCCCGAAUACAUCAGACAUUUAAAGAAGUACGUAUCAUUUCUUAACAAAUUGAAAGCAAGCUCCAAUGGGACCAAAGAUCCUACCGAAGAAUCCUCAUCAAACGGGUCCUCAAAAGAAUCAACAGUUGAAUUAAGUUCAGACAAUCAAAGCAAGGCUUCAGACAAUCAAAGCAUAGUAUCCACAACAUCAAAUUCAGACACAUUUGAGUUGAAACCUGAUCUUCCAGAAGUCUCUAGGAACAGCUUAGAUAGCCGGCUCGAGAAAUCCAAGAAGACUAGCAAGCCCGAGAAAUCACGAAUGAGCACUGAUCAAGUUGACAGGUUUAGGCGAAAAAAGGGCUUAUUAUGGUGAUGAAGAGUUUGAGCAUCUAUACUACAUGACACUCUUAGCUUCACGAGAGGUGAUUUUUAUUUCUUACACCUGCUUCUGUAACAAUAUGUAUGAACUCCAAAAGUAUAAAUUUGAGUGUAUUAUUAAUUUUUGAGUUGUUUUGAGUCAAUACCUCCGAACGGCAAAUGCCAUAACAGAGAACACCUACUUCCCCCUUCUAUUCUCCCUGUACUUCAUGUGUGUAUAAUUCAGAGUUUUAGCAAGUAAUUUUUUUUAUACUGAA